GUCUACGAUGCUGGAGUUGCUAGCCGUUUCGUGUAUUGGGCUAGCAGCAGAUGCUGACAUGUCACUUAUCAGCUAAUGUCUGUUUCUUAAAUGAAGAUCGUGAUAAAGACUAGUUGGUAGCACACAAUGGAUUCCUCCGAAGCAGAGGGUACAGCCCACGGUGAAAGAAGCGAAGGCACAGCACCAAGCACAUCAAACUCCCCAGGCCAAGGAGAAGCUGGACCAAAGCCGAAGAAGGUUUCUCUGAAGAGGGCCACUAGUAAGCCGACAAAUGCAAAAGCCAAGAAGCGAAAAAAGGCCAGAGUGUCCCGGCCAGCUCAGCUUGGUUACACUGUGCACCAAGGGGAAGAUAUGCUUCUUGUCAUAUCAAGUACUACUUCUCAGUAUGAUGGUUCAGCCUGGACUCCCCCAAAGAAGGGAAGUAAAAAGAAGAAACUAACUAAAGGGAAAGUGAAAGCUAUACAGAUCAAGAAAAAAAAGACAGCCCGUGCCAAGCCUAAACUGGUAAAUAAUCCAGUUGCCAAGGAAAAAGAGGACACUGAUUUGUGUGUACCACAGAAAGCAACAGACCACAGAUGGGGCCAGAGUCUUCCAGAGGAGGUGCUAAUCAAUAUUUUUCAGAUGGUGGUGGUCCAAGAUGGCGCUGUACCAUUUCUAUGCAGGGUGGGCAGAGUUUGUCGUCUGUGGAACGCCGCUGCUUCCAGUCCAGUCCUGUGGCGUAAGGUGACGGUCGGUUACUGCUGGAUUGCACCAGGGAAAACCCAGCUACCUAAAACAGAGAAGAAGAUUAAGGACACUAUUACCUGGCUGGCACAGAACAGAUUCUCUCAGCUACGAGACUUCUCUCUCUAUCACUGGACAAAGAAUGUUAGCUAUGCAGUAGAGGUUGUGACGCAGUUCUGUCCUCACCUUCGCUCCCUCACGCUCUCCUACUGUACAGGCCUGACAGUGACGGCCUUCCACAGCCUUGGUCUGCACAGCCGGUCUCUGCAGAGCAUAAAUCUCCAGUAUUCAGAGUUUCAGGUUGAGGGGCUUCUAGAGUACCUUGAAAAUCAUGGGAGCCAGAUCAAGCAAAUUUUGUUUACACAUGGACUAAAGAAUGACAGACUUCUGACGGCCAUCACUGUUGUCGGGCACAUCAGCGGGUUCCACAUUAAACAGAGGGGAUACUGUCCCGAUUUGGAAUUAUUGGAGGUCAAUACAAAGCUCGACAGUAAAGAUGGUGAACUUCCUGUUUGCAUCAAGGCACUACAGAUGGCAUGCCCUAAACUCAAGACCUUCCGGAUGCUGAAUGUCAGACCUCUGCAUAAGACAAUGCGUAAUGGUGCCGAUUCAACAUUAGGCUUCCCGUUGCUGGAGGAGCUAUGUAUCGCAACCACGUCUUGUUCCUAUAUGACCGACAAAGAUUUGUGGGACAUUCUCUUUGGCUCCACCAGGCUGCGGGUGCUGGACCUGCGAGGCUGUUCACGAAUCACACCAUCUGGUCUCGCAACACUGCCCUGUCUUGAGCUUGAGUGUCUGUUCUGGGGACAGUAUUUCAGCAGCAAUGUUGGGUUGUCAUCACCUAAGGCGGGACUUCACAUGGUGACUCAGAAAUGGAGUCAAACACUCCAGCAGCUCGACAUUGCAAACCAGCUCUUUGCUGCGGAGGAUUUGGAGAUUGCUAUGAGUCACCUCGCUCAGGCAACAGAUGCAGAUACCUUGCGUUCACUCAACCUGAGUGGUACCAGGGUCACACCACCUGCCCUCAGGUCAGUCAUUGGCCAAAUGACUGCUCUUAGCUACCUCAAUCUUUCAUCCUGUCGUUAUCUUCCCAGAGGAGUGAAGAGAAUCUACCGUGGCCAAGAAGACAUUCGCCAACUGCUGGACAAAUUGGACUAGUUCUCAUAUUCAUUUGGUUCCAGAAAUGAUAAAUCCUGUAUAUGAAUGACUUAAAGCAUUCCUAUCCAAGAUGUCUUAAAGCAUGCAUCUUUGUAAAUUAUGUUGUUUCUGUAAAUGUCAUUUUAUAUGUAUGGCCUUCACACAAAAAAGGCAAAAGCACUCCUCACUGUUAAUAGAGAGCAGAAACCAAGGAGUUUCAAUCCAGAGGGAAAACCUGCUGCUGCUGUUUUAAUAUCAGCUAAGAGUCAGUAAGAGCACUGUCUACAUUUACAUAUCUACAUUUGGAAUGACACUGACAUGUUGGAUUUAAAUGCAUUUAAAUAAGUCACCUCAAUUGUUAACCUACAGGGACAGUUCAGUUGUGUGAUUUCUUGAUGUAAUUUUUGAGUGUUUUUUAUACCAAGUUGCAGCAAUUCCAGGCAAACAUUCAUAAAGAAAUAUUUGAAAUGUAAAAAUAAAUGUUAAACACAUCACUGUAAAGUUGGUUACAUAGCUUCUUUCCACUAGAGGGUGCUGUACUAUCAAGCUGAAUCUAUAGAGUGAACAACUGGGUCUUGUUGUACUACAGUGGUUGAAAACCUUCAAGUGUUUCCAAGUGA